AUGGUGGUAAACAAAAAAAUAAAAUUGUGUAUUUACAGACACUCUCAGCUUUUAACAAUAUACCAAAUAAAUCAUUUUACUUUUAUUUCAGGGUUCAUUGAAGAAAAAGAGGAAAAUGAAGAAUCAAGUGAAGUUGAGAAAAAUUGUGUCAAAACUGGUGAAAAACCUUGCAGUUGCUCUCAAACCAAACAGAAAGAUUUAAAGAAAAAAAUACUUAAGAAAUCUUUCACCUGCACUCAGUGUGAAAAGAGUUUCACACGUAAAUCAAAUCUCAAGUGUCACAUGAACAUCCACACUGGAGAGAAGCAGCACGCAUGUGAUCAGUGUGGUAAAAUGUUUUUAUUGGCUUCACUUCUGAAGAAACACUUAAAAGUUCAUGCAAAGGAGAAACCACAUCCAUGUAAUUUGUGUGGUAAGAGUUUUUUGCGUCUUCAAAGUUUGAAAGUACAUCAGAAAAUACAUACUGAUGUGAGAGAGUACGUGUGCUUUCAGUGUGAAAAGACUUUUAGUUCAGAGAGCAGUUUAAAACUGCAUGAGAGGAUUCACACUGGAGAGAAACUUCAUAAGUGUUCACACUGUGACAAGAGAUUCAAUCGUUCAGCAAAUCUGAAAACACAUGAGAGGAUCCACACUGGAGAGAAACCUUACAAGUGUUCACACUGUGACGAGAGAUUCAGUCGUUUGGCAUAUCUGAAAAAACAUGAGAGGAUCCACACUGGAGAGAAACCUUAUAAGUGUUCACACUGUGAUGAGAGAUUCAGUCAGUCAGUAGAUCUGAAAAAACAUAAGAGGAUCCACACUGGAGAGAAACUUUAUAAGUGUUCACACUGUGACAAGAGAUUCAGUGUGUCAUCGAGUCUGAAAAAACAUGAGAGGAUCCACACUGGAGAGAAACCUUACAAGUGUUCACACUGUGACAAGAGAUUCAGUCGGUUAACAAAUCUGAAAACACAUGAGAGGAUUCACACUGGAGAGAAACCUUACAAGUGUUCACACUGUGUCAAGAAAUUCAGUCUGUUAAGACACCUGAAAACUCAUGAGAGGAUUCACACUGGAGAGAAACCUUAUAAGUGUUCACACUGUGUCAAGAGAUUCAGUCGUUCAGCAAAUCUGAAAACACAUGAGAGGAUCCACACUGGAGAGAAACCUUAUAAGUGUUCACACUGUGUCAAGAGAUUCAGUAGUUCAUCAACUCUGAAAACACAUAAGAGGAUCCAUACUGGAGAGAAACCUUGUAAGUGUUCACAAUGUGACAAGAGAUUCAGUCUGUUAUCAAGUCUGAAAACACAUGAGAGGAUUCACACUGGAGAGAAACCUUAUAAGUGUUCACAAUGUGACAAGAGAUUCAGUAAUUCAUCAAGUCUGAAAAGACAUGAGGUGAUCCACACUGGAGAGAAACCUUACAAGUGUUCACACUGUGACAAGAGAUUCAGUGAUUUAUCAAGUCUGAAAAAACAUGAGAGGCUUCACACUGGAGAAAAACCUUAUAAGUGUUCACACUGUGACAAGAGAUUCAUUCAGUCAGUAGAUAUGAAAAAACAUGAGAGGAUUCACAGUGGAGAGAAACCUUAUAAGUGUUCACACUGUGACAAGAAAUUCAGUGAUUUAUCAGGUCUUAAAAAACAUGAGAGGAUUUACACUGGAGAGAAAGCACAUCACUGCAGUGCACAUGGGAAGCGUUCCAUUUAG